GGGGGCGGGGCCAGUAAGCAUGGCUGAUGGAGGUACCUGGAGGCCUCCUCGAGCAUGUGAUGACUACUGGUCUGAAUGGAAACACUGUCGGAGCAUCCUGAACCUUUUCCAUAAUUACUAUACUUACGGGGAAGUGCCUUCUUGCAGGCAGUGGAAAAAGGACUAUGAGAACUGCAGAGAGUGGGAGAAAACAAAAAGCUCAGCAGCAAAGGGCUCCCUCUGCAAGAGUGAAAAAGAGCGGACUAUGGAAAAACAGAAGCAUGCUCCGGUGUGGACCUUAAGGAAACGCCCUCCAGUGGACUGGUAUCUGCCUCUUGAUGAAGGCAAACCAAAGUGAGGGUGGAGUUGGGCUGUAUCG